CACUUCCAGGCUCCACUCUCUCCACUCUCCGCACUCUCUCUUCAUUCAUCCCAACACAGCACUUCUACCAGGUCCAAAUGCAACUCCUCCAAACCCCUCAUUUCUUCACCUUCCCUAAACCCCUAAACCCCAUUUCCAAAUCCCAUCACCAUAUCCAACCAUGUCACUCUCCUCUCUUCCUUUCCAAAACCCCACUUCAACUUCAUUUCUCCACCACCACCACCACCCCCCAUUGCUUUAGCUCCGACGAGUUCCCUGUAGACGAGACCUUCCUCUCAAACUACGGUCCCAAAGACAAAGAAACCGAAGACGAAGCUCGAAUUCGCAACUGGGUCGAGCGAGAUUGGGCUCCUUGGGAAGAAAUCCUAACCCCAGAAGCCCGUUUCGCUCGCUUAAGCCUCAACGAGGGUGAAGAAGUCCCUCUCCAAUCCCCAGAAGCCAUUGAAGCUUUCAAAAUGCUCAAACCCAGUUACCGGAAAAAGAAAAUGGAGGAGGUGGGUCUCACUGAGGAUGAUUAUUAUAGAAAACAGUUUGAUUAUAAGGGUGAGGUACCUGAACCUUUGGAGACUUUGUGGGCUACUCCAAUGAUUGCACAACACGUGGUGCCGAGGGAUUGGCCACCGCGGGGUUGGGAGGUGGAUAAGAAGGAGCUUGAGUAUAUAAGGGAAGGUCAUAAGUUGGAGGGUGUGAGGAGAGUUGGGUUGGAGGAAUUGGAGGAGGCACAAAUGGUGAGUGAUACUGAGGAUGUGUGUUUUGAUAGGUACAAGGUGUUUUUGAAGCAGUACAAGGAGUGGGUUGAGGCCAACAAGGAUAGGUUGGAGGAAGAGUCGUAUAAGUAUGACCAAGAUUUCCAUCCUGGUAGGAGGAAAAGAGGCAAGGACUACAAAGAAGGAAUGUAUGAACUUCCUUUUUAUUAUCCAGGACAAAUUUGUUCAGGGAAGGUGACUACCUUGCACCUUUAUCAAGGAGCAUUUGUUGACAUUGGAGGUGUAUAUGAUGGGUGGGUCCCUAUAAAAGGUAAUGAUUGGUAUUGGAUUCGCCAUCACAUAAAAGUUGGUAUGCAUGUCAUAGUUGAAAUUCUGGCAAAGCGAGAUCCUUAUCGCUUUCGAUUUCCUAUUGAAAUGCGUUUUGUCGAUCCAAAUAUAGAUCACCUGAUCUUUAAGAGAUUUGACUAUCCACCUAUAUUUCAUCGUGAUGAUACUAAUCUAGAUGAAUUACGGCGUGAUUGUGGAAGACCUCCGGUUCCUAGAAAAGAUCCAGGAAGCAAACCGGAAGAGGAACCUUUGUUGUCAGAUCACCCUUAUGUUGAUAAGUUGUGGCAGAUACAUAAUGCUGAGCAGAUGAUUUUGGAUGAUUUGGAGGCUAAUCCUGAGAAAUACAAAGGCAAAAAAUUAUCAGAGUUAACCGAUGAUGAGGAUUUUGAUGAGGAAAACAGUGUCAUACACACCAAAGCUUAUUAUAAGAAAGCUUUACUGCCAAAAGUGAUUCUGAAAACAAGCGUUAAAGAACUUGACUUGGAGCCAGCCUUUGCUGAGCGUCAGCACCAUAAUAAACUAAGAAGGGAAGCAGAGGAAAGAGGAGAGAAAUACAAAAUUGACAAGCUGAGACGAAAUAUUGAAAUGGAUGAGUAUGACUUAUUACAUUGGCGUCGAUCAUUUGAAGAAAGGGAAGCUUUGAUUAGAGACAUCAGCUGCCGUCAAGCUCUUGGUCUACCAUUGGAAGAGCCAGGAAGGUAUAAAGAUGCCAGUUUCUUUGGGAAGGAUAAAUAUGACCCUUCAAACCCUCUAUAUCGAUAUGACUACUGGGGAGAGCCCAAGAACUCAGAGGAGAGUAAGCAAGAGCGGAUGACAGAUGCCCACAACAAAUCUAUUGUGGGUAAUGGCGUUGUCUGGUAUGAAAUGUCAUAUGAUGAUUGCAUCAAGCAGAAGAUGAAAAGAGAAGCUGAGGAACAGGCACAAAAACAAGCUGAUCGUGAAGAUUCAAAAAGAGACCAUGAUGAGGAUGAGGAUGAGGAUGAUGAUGAUGAAGAUGACGACGACGACGACGACGACUAUGAUUUGUUCAGCAUUUUACGAAACUAUAAUGUUGAUGAUUCAAACCAACCCCAUGUUAAUGGGACUGAAUCUUCCAGAAUGUCAGAUGAGGGUAUGUUUGAGGAUUAGUUCAUGGUAUAAGCGAGUAUUAGAGCAUGGUUUUCUGUACAGUUGUUUAUAUAAAUUGUUAAUGAGGAAAACCCAUUUACGGUAUUCAGAAAUGCUCUCGUUUUUCCUUUUGGGGAGAGGGUCUUGAAUAUUAUGUGAAGUUGUAAAGAGAUACUUCUUCUGAGGUAUAACUUAGGUUCUUUAAGUUGUUAGCUUAGUUGGGGUUCGAGGGAUGCCCUAGUGAUUCCAACACCUCUUGCGGGGCCUGAGCACUGGGGUUCGAACCCCACCAACCGUCUCACCGUAUUUACAAAAAAAAGAAAAGGAUAAAAAAGAAGACAAGUUGUAAGUUAAAAGUAUUUUCUAAUUGUCUUUGCUAUUGAUAAGUUUAUAUAUCCACUGAGACUUGCAUUA